AUGGGAUACAGGGGUCGCUCCAGGCUGACCCUGUUCUCUUUACUGUUGAGGGCGCUGAUGCUGCUGGCUGGAGCACAGAGUAAUUCCAUCACAACGUCGGACUCGUCCCAGGGAGUGUGUACAGUCAAGGGGCGUGUGUUCACACAGAGGAACUGGUACGGGUAUAUUGUUCACAAGGCCUUCAACAGAGACUACGCCAAGAUCCAGUACCAGAUCAUGUACCCAAUCAAGGAGUGCUGCGCCAACUUGCUCAUCUAUUACGACGACCAGGUCAAGCAGUUGCGCCCCUCCAUGACCUGCGAGCAGCGGUUAGCCGUCCUACCUGCAGAUAACAACCAGGUGAUACCUCUGAGAACUACCAAUGACUCCAGUGGCUGCACUUUGUGGAAUGAAAAAGGAGAAGACUUUUAUGUGUGCCUGGGAGAGAGAAUCUUCAGGUCGUCCGUGCCCAGGACCUGGUUCUUUGCCCUGAGCCAUUGCGAGCACGAAGGACCCCUGAACCUGAAUUAUGUCUUCAAUAUCACAG